AUCCUGGGACCGGAAGUAAAGGCUACACGGGGCGCCGGUUCUGACGGGAACCGAGCGCGCUCGGAGGUCGCGGUGGCGGCCUGAGCGGAGCUCCAGCCCCGGCCAUGGGGCUCCUGUCGGACCCGGUGCGGCGGCGCGCGCUUGCCCGCUUCGUCUUGCGCCUCAACACUCCGCUCUGCGUGCUGAGCUACGUGGCUGGCAUCGCCUGGUUUUUGGCGCUGGCUUUCCCGCCCCUAACCCAGCGCACUUACAUGUCGGAGAACGCCAUGGGCUCCACCAUGGUGGAGGAGCAGUUUGUAGGCGGAGACCGCGCCCGGAGCUUUGCCCGGGACUUCGCUGCGCACCGUAGGAAGUCGGGGGCUUUGCCAGUGGCCUGGCUGGAGCGGUCGAUGCGAUCCGUAGGACUGGAGGUCUACACGCAGAGCUUCUCCCGCAAACUGCCCUUCCCGGAUGAGACCCAUGAGCGCUAUAUGGUGUCAGGUACCAAUGUGUAUGGCAUCCUGCGGGCCCCACGUGCCGCCAGCACCGAGUCUCUGGUACUUACUGUACCCUGUGGUCCAGACUCUACAAAUAGCCAGGCUGUGGGGCUGCUGUUGGCACUUGCUGCCCAUUUCCGAGGGCAGAUUUACUGGGCCAAAGAUAUAAUCUUCCUGGUAACAGAGCAUGAUCUCGUGGGCACUGAGGCUUGGCUUGAAGCCUACCAUGACAUUAACGUUACAGGCGUACAGUCGUCUCCCCUGCAGGGAAGGGCUGGAGCCAUUCAGGCAGCUGUGGCCCUGGAGCUGAGCAGUGAUGUGGUCACCAGUCUUGAUGUGACUGUAGAGGGACUCAAUGGUCAGCUGCCCAACCUUGAUCUGCUGAACCUCUUCCAGACGUUCUGCCAGAAAGGGGGGCUGUUAUGCACACUCCAGGGCAAGCUGCAACCUCAGGACUGGACAUCACUGGAAGGGCCGUUGCAGGGUCUGCAGACACUGCUGCUCAUGGUUCUGCGGCAGGCCUCCGGCCGGCCCCACGGCCCCCACGGUCUGUUCCUGCGCUAUCGAGUGGAAGCCCUAACCCUGCGUGGCAUCAAUAGCUUCCGCCAGUACAAGUAUGAUUUGGAGGCCGUGGGCAAGGCUCUGGAGGGCAUGUUCCGCAAGCUCAACCACCUCCUGGAGCGCCUGCACCAGUCCUUCUUCUUCUACCUGCUGCCCGCCCUCUCGCGCUUUGUCUCCAUCGGACUCUACAUGCCUGCCAUGGGCUUCUUGCUCCUGGUCCUUGGACUUAAGGCCCUGGAGCUGUGGAUGCAGUUACACGAGGCUGGAGUGAGCCCUGAGGACGCGGGGAAGGCUCCUGGCCCUGGGUCUCCACCCUUGGCAACACAGGGUGUGGGCGUGGCCUCACUUAUGGCACCCCUGCUGAUCUCUCAAGCCAUGGGCCUGGCCCUCUAUGUGUUGCCGGUGCUGGGCCAGCGUGUAGCCGCUCAGCACUUUCCCGUGGCUGAAGCUGAAGCUGUCGUGUUGACACUGCUAGCGAUUUAUGCGGCUGGCCUAGCCCUUCCGCACAACACCCACCGAGUGGUCAGCUCACAGGUCCCAGACAGAGGCUGGAUGGCGUUGAAGCUGGUGGCCCUCAUCUACCUGGCACUGCAGCUGGGUUGCAUUGCCCUCACUAAUUUCUCCCUGGGCUUCCUGCUGGCCGCCACCAUGAUACCUGCUGCUGCACUCACCAAGCCCCACGGACCCCGGCCACUCUAUGCAGCCCUGUUGGUGAUAACAAGCCCAGCAGUCACACUCCUUGGUAGUCUGUUCCUGUGGCGGGAGCUGCAGGAAGUACCACUGUCCCUGGCGGAAGGUUGGCAGCUCUUCCUGACAGCACUGGCCCAGGGCGUGCUGGAACACCACACCUAUGGCGCCCUCCUCUUCCCAAUACUGGCCUUGGGUCUAUACCCCUGCUGGCUGCUUUUCUGGAAUGUUCUUUUCUGGAAGUAAGAUCUCCGAGACAGGGAUCCCCGAGCCUCUGUUCUACCUCCUCCUGGGAAAUAAACAAGAUCUCUGUU